AUGAGGGUGGAGGAGUACGAGCACCACUUCACCAAGAUGAUGAGGCACGCUGCAAACGACACCAACAUCGAGGAGAAGAAGCAGUUCUGGUUCCUCCGAGGACUACACCACGGCAUCUGUCAGAUUGUGACGGGAUGCGAGUACCCAUCGCUCCGCAGCUUGGUCAACCGUGCCAUUGCUGUGGAGAGGGAGAGAUUGGGAUGGGAAGACCGUCAGCGCAACAAGAAGCGCCAGACCGACCACCAGGUACGAGACCGGCCCUUCCAGAAGGCAAGGAACGCGCCACCCCUGCCACCGAGGAGCGGUUUCCGUUCCGGCUCCAGUCAGCCGAGCAGGAACUACGGUGGGGGAGGCAACCACUACUCCGGCAACAAGAUCCACGGAGGACAGAACCAGGGAGGAGGUAGCUACCACUGCCAGCAGCCGGCACAGAGGACCAACAGUGGCUCGACGCCGUUUGUUUGCUUCACUUGCAACAAACCGGACCACAAGUCCUAUGAGUGCCCCGAGAAGAAGACCUCGACUCCAGCUCACGUGCUUGGCUCCGCCGGCAGGCCCGCUCAAGCUCCGCGCUCCGGAGACCGUGGCCGCCUCACCCACCUGACUGAGGAGGAGGCCCGGGAUGCUCCCGACAUCGUGACAGCUGACUUGACAGUACUACCAUCAGAGGGGAUAGAUGUCAUUUUGGGGAUGGACUGGUUGACUGCACACAAGGGUGUCAUAUCUUGCUUGCCCAAGUUGGCGACACUAGAACACCCUAGUGGGAAGAAGAUCGAGGUGGAACCGUUGAAGUCCCAAGAUGUACCUCGGGUGUACAAUUUGAACAACUUGGAUAAGAGGAAACUCGAAGACGUGCCAGUGAUUUGCGAGUAUCCUGAGGUGUUUCCCGAAGAGCUGCCAGGUUUACCACCGGACAAGGAUGUCGAAUUCGUAAUCGACCUUGUGCCAGGGACGGCACCGAUCGCGAAGCGACCCUACCGCAUGUCCACAGAAGAACUCACCGAGUUGAAGAAACAGCUGAAGGACCUGCUAGAUAAACAGUACAUCAGGCCUAGUGCAUCGCCAUGGGGAUCACCCGUGCUGUUUGUAAGGAAGAAGGAUGGAACCAUGAGCAAGAUUGAUCUGAGGUCCGGGUAUCAUCAGAUGAAGAUCCGGGAGUGUGACAUCCCGAAGACAGCAUUCGUGACCAGAUAUGGUCAAUACGAGUUCACCAUAGUAUCUUUCAGACUGACCAAUGCACCCGCCUACUUUAUGAACAUGAUGAACAAGGGGUUCAUGGAAGAAUUGGACAAGUUCAUCGUAGUCUUCAUCGAUGACAUCUUGAUCUACUCCGAGACCGCCGAAGAACAUGCUGAGCACCUGAGGAUAGUGCUCGAGAGGUUGAGGCAGAACCACCUGUAUGCCAAGUUCAGUAAAUGCGAGUUUUGGCUAGAGAAGGUUGCCUGCCUAGGCCAUGUGUUGACUGCUGAUGGAGUUGCCGUAGAUCCCGAGAAGAUUGAAGCCGUGUCAGAGUGGCAGCAGCCGAAGAGUAGGAGAUGGUUAGAGCUGAUCAAGGACUACGACCUGAAUAUUCAGUACCACCUUGGCAAGGCUAACGUCGUAGCAGAUGCCUUAAGCAGAAAGCACUAUUGCAGCAAUCUGAUGGUUCGUGAUGAACAACCUGAACUGUGCGAUGAACUUGAGAGACUGAAAUUAGAAAUAGUAGAGCAAGGGCACCUGAACGCAAUGACAGUCAAGUACGAUCUGGAGGAUCGAAUCAGACAAGCUCAGCGACAAUGCCCAGAACUUCAGAAGCUCAAGCGAGCAAUGCGAGACGGAAAAGCGACCGACUACACGGUCGACGACCAAGGGACCAUAUGGCUAAAAGAUCGCAUAUGUGUACCCCAGGAUCCAGGGAUCCGUGCUGAGAUUCUGGAUGAAGCGCAUAACUCCAAGUACGCCAUACACCCAGGGUGCAUGAAGAUGUACCAAGACCUGAAGGACCGAUUCUGGUGGAACGACAUGAGAACGGACAUAGCUGAAUUCGUGGCUAAGUGCGACAUUUGUAGGAGAAUCAAGGCUGAACAUUAG